GGUCUCUCGAACAUUUCUCUUGUUGAACUUCACGUGUAACGACGGAUAAUUUCCAUUUCCAUUUGCAAGAUGUCCGACUCAUACUACAGCUACCGAUCCGCCAGCAUGAGCAAAGGUAAAGUUUCCAGCAGUCGAUCGUCAUGUAGUAGUAGCAAGACGCUAACAUCGAAAUCCGGCACGAGCAACAAAAUUGUUUCCAUGUCUGGCGGAAGUAGUUCCACCAAAGUAAGUUCCAAGAGUUCCAAAUCCACACGCAGUAGCUGCAGUACAAAAACAUUAUGCCCAAUAUCUGUGAGCUCCCGUGAUUGCAAACCGAUGAGUUCGAUUUGUAAAUCCGUCAGUCCUUGUAAAAGUAUGAAUGCGUUGAGCGUAAUUCCAACAGUGAGAAAGUCUUCCACAUCACUAAGCCCGAUCCCAUCGCCGAAAGGGGCACCUUCGCCUUUGGAAAAUUUGGCCAAUGUAAUCGGAAACGUUGCUGGAUUAGCGAAUGCUGUUGCAUCGAGUACGGGAUCAAAAAGAUCAAAUAAAACAAUAGAAGUGACUGUGAGAGUUAAAGAAAGUAGAUACUGUUGAUUAAACUUUUAUGUAUUUUAUUCGUUGAUCUUUGAAAAUGACUUUGUCCUUUUUUGUAUUUUUUGAUGUUGUAUUUAUAUUCAAUGUAUUUUAGCAAUUUUAUAAUAAAUGAGAUUAAUACAUUUUUAAAAAA